AAAAACUAGUCGUUCCCCGAUCAUACGUUCUAUGGUCAAUUUUUGACAAAUUUUUAACACUUUUAGAUUAAUUUAUCAUCUACUUGCGUCCUUUUGUUAUUGUUUUUUUUUUUUUUUAGAAUAACGUGAAAGUGGAUAUUUUUAUUAAACGUAAAUGAAGAACAUAAUAUUGUACAUAUUUCUGAUCUCAUCAUGCCUUCACCUACUUCAAACCUCUGUUUUGGAAUCAGAAAAUCAAGAGGAAAAGAUGGACGAUUGUUUAAAACAGGAAUUCAAAUGCGAUAAUGGACAAUGCGUUGAUAAAUCGUUCCUUUGCGAUGGGAUAUUGGAUUGCGAAGAUAAUUCGGACGAAACUACUCACCACUGUUCAAAUACAACAUGCAAAGAAAAUUUUUUUCAAUGCGAUUAUGGCGGGUGCAUCGAAGAAAAAUACAUAUGCGAUGAUUUGGAUCAAUGUCACGAUGGUUCGGAUGAAUCGGCAUACAUGUGUUAUACACCUAGACUUGCUCGCAAAGACCACAUGUGCAUCGAACCUCCCUCAUCUGUUGAUAAAACCAUCUCGUAUAUGUGUAUUGAAACAAUUGGCCCAUGCGUAGAAAAUGGACUAGUCCGAGAAUACACUCUUGCUCAGAUCAAGUGCAAUUCUGGUUAUUUUCCAAUUGAUGACAAAAAUUCAGAUUCCAGUUGCUUAGAAGGAAAUUGGUUAUUUCCGAUUAAAAAUUGUACAAAAAGAUGUGAAAAAUUGACUCCAAUGGACACGAACGUUGACCUGAGAUGCUACUAUAAAGGUUUAAAAAUUCCUUGCAACGUAGACUCGCUACCUUCUGGAACAAAAGUACGCCCAAAAUGCAAGCCUUACCAUACCUAUUCGGAUUACCGCCCUAGUUACGCUGAAAUUACUUGUGACGAUGAAGGAAAAUGGGACAAUCCUUUGUUUCUCUGUGCCUUGGACUGCAAACUACCUCUUCCAAUCAAUUCUGGUGCAGCCGCACGAGGACUUAUUGAAUGUGUUGGCUCUCCUUGGCAUGUUGCGAUUUACAAUCGAGAUCAUUUACUCAUUUGUGGAGGGACAAUUAUUCAUCCUAGACUAGUUGUAUCAGCUGCUCAUUGUUUUUAUAAUGAGGACACAGGCAGAACACAUAACUUCACCGAUUACGAAAUAAUUGCCAGCAAAUUCACGAGAAAUUAUUCCAAGAUAGAUAACGAAAAUCAAAAAGCAUAUAAGAUUAAAGAGAUACGUCUUUCUGGAAAAGGUUACAUGGGCUUGAACAACUAUUUUACCGCAGAUAUCGCAAUAUUAAUCCUCGAACGAAACAUCACCUUUAAACCAACAGUUUUGCAAGCUCAUGUUGAUUGGCAAAGCUUAGUAUUGGGCGAAUAUCCACCAGAAGGAACACUUGGAAAAGUUGCAGGAUGGGGACUUGAUGAGAAUGGCAGGUAUACCGAAGCAUUAAUGGCUGUCAGUUUACCUUAUAUAAGUCGUGCACGUUGCUUGAUUACUGUCCCUGAUGAUUUCCGAGCGUACAUCAGUUUUGAUAAAUUUUGUGCUGGUUCAGAUAAAGAAGACAGUCCCAGUGUUCUUCAAGGAGACAGCGGAGGAGGUAUAUUUUUUCAAAAAGACGGUAUAUUUUAUCUCCGAGGCAUCGUUAGUGUGAAACAAGCAUCAUUAACAUCCAUCGCAGCAUUCACCGAUUUAUCGGAUCAUGCCCGAUGGAUUUUAUCAGUAAUUAAUGAAAUAGAUAAAGUACCAAUUGAUGAAAAAUUGACUCUGUGUUCCCUCGGGAAAACCCGAGGUUGAAAUGAGAUACCUAUUAGACUUUGUACAUCAUUUUUGCAAUUUUUAUCUACGUAUAACUUAUGUUUUUUCGUAGAUAUUUUUUCCCCGAAAAUAAAAUAUUUAUUACGUUUUUA